AUGGCCGCUGUCAAUGGCAUGUAUGGAGCGCCAGAACCGCCCAUUUCGGGCGGGAGUGCUGUGGCAGGGCAGGCGAAUCAGCCCAAUAUCAUCAUCCGCGAGCUGAAUCCGUCGCACGCAGAUUUUAUUCUGGAGAAUGUCGACAUGAGUUUUGCCAACUCGCUACGUCGCACGAUCAUUGCCGACGUGCCUACCGUUGCGAUCGACAUGGUGGAAAUCAUGGUCAACACGACCGUGCUCCCGGACGAGUUCCUCGCGCAUCGCCUCGGCAUGAUUCCGCUGAUGAGCAUGGACACGGCCAAGGUGCUCAUCGACCAGCGCGAUUGCUCGUGUGAAGAUGGAUGCGACCGGUGCUCGGUCGAGCUCACGCUCGAUGCGUUAUGCACGAGCGACCGCGGCGCGAUGUUUGUCACGUCCAAGGACCUGAUCCGGAGCAAUACCAUUGCCAACCCAUACUCGGACGAGGCUGCGUUUGGGCCCGUGGCGCCGCGGCACCCCGACUUUGGCAAGCCUGUGGGUCAUGACGAUCCGAACAAGCCCGACGUGAUGAUUGUACAGCUCCGCAAAGGGCAGCAGAUCAAGGCACGGUGUGUUGCGCGCAAGGGAUUCGCCAAGGAACACGCCAAGUGGUCGCCCGUGUCCGCGGUCGGCUUCGAGUACGACCCCCACAAUGCCCUCCGGCACACCACGCUCUGGUACGAGCUGGACGCCAAGAAGGAGUGGCCGGAAAGCAAAAAUGCGGGCGAGGAAGAGCCGCCGGCAGAAGGCGCGCCUUUUGACCCGAACCGCAAAGCAAACCGCUUCUACUUUGACGUGGAGUCGGUCGGAAGCAUGCACCCUGCCGAGAUUGUCGAGACGGGCCUCUCGCUUCUCGAGUACCGCACGGCACAGAUCGUGCAGGAAAUCGGGCUGCUCUACCAGCCCACCGACGCGGCGCCCGAGGGCUUCGUGCCGUUUUAG